GAACUAGUCGUACAGGCGCCCAAGACAUUCAGACAGAUCCCCGAUCCACAGAGUUUCAAUUUCCUCUGCCCUUUUUGCGAUCUCGUCCAAAACCUCGGAAUUUCAGACGGAGAUAGUUCGGGAUAGACGAUGAGGAAUACUAACGUGAGCCGGGCGGCGAUACUCCGGCCGUUGUCUCUGUUGUUAUUGUGGGUUUGGAGCUCUGUUCCGGUGGGUGAGGCAAUCUGGUUAAGUCUUCCCCAGUCCGACACCAAGUGCGUCUCCGAGGAAAUCCAGAACAACGUUGUUGUCUUGGCCGACUAUGUCGUCAUCUCCGAGCAUCAUGAUCACCUCCCCACCGUCUCCGUUAAGGUCACAUCCCCUUAUGGGAAUAAUCUUCAUCACCAGGAGAAUGUGACACAUGGUCAAUUUGCAUUCACAACUCAGGAAGCUGGAAACUACGUGGCAUGUUUCUGGUUGGAUAGCCAAUCUGAGAUGAGUAAAGAUGUUAGUAUUAACAUUGACUGGAAAACUGGAAUUGCAGCUAAAGAUUGGGAAUCUGUUGCCAGAAAAGAGAAAAUUGAGGGUGUUGAGCUUGAGCUGAGGAAACUCGAAGGGGCAGUUGAAGCUAUUCAUGAGAAUCUUCUCUAUCUAAAAAACAGAGAGGCAGAAAUGAGGAUUGUGAGCGAGGGAACAAAUGCCAAAGUAGCAUGGUGUAGUAUCAUGUCUUUGGCCAUCUGCAUUGGGGUUUCAGCUCUGCAAGUAUUGCACUUGAAGCGAUUCUUCCAAAAGAAGAAGCUUAUUUAGAUGUUGUCAAUUAAUGAUGUCUCUAGCUAGAAGAGGAAAUUCAAGAACUUUUUCUUCAUUCUCUUUAUUUAUCCUUUUCACAUUUACCAUCUUACAGAGAACAUUUUCCAGUCAUAUCAUUGUAUUUGAAUUUGAACACACAAAUUGCAACUUUAUAUGCCUAUUUAACUCGGUCAAAAAAUGGAAUACAUAACCCAGGGAAGU